AUGGUUGCCAAGAAGAAAGAGAUGUUUACGUUGCGGCUAAUGGUGGAGCUGCACACUUUCUUCAUGUCAGCCAGUGCCCUCCAUGCCUUUCCUUUCCUGACCUUGAUGUCUUUCAUCGGAGCGAUCACCGUCCCAGACCGGAUUUUCACCAUGGAGAAGAGCGCCCUCAUUUUCAUUCUCGUUGCGGUAUUUCUCGUACCGGAUAUCAUUGCACAGAACACAACGGAAGACAAUACAACUUUAACGGCAACAACCUCUGGUAGCACGACAGCAGAACCAACGACACUAGGGACAAAUGGUAGCUCGGUCACCACAGGUGUGAAUGCCACAACCGAGAACACCACCUCAGGUGGCACUACAGUUUCUGAAACACCUGAAGGUAGCACUACAGAAUCUGGUGCCCCUACAGGUGGCACUACAGAUUCUUGUUCUCCUUCAGGUGGCGCUACAACUUCUGAUACACCUGAAGGUGGCACUACAGAUUCUGGUUCACCUACAGGUGGCGCUACAGAUUCUGGCACACCUGCAGGUGGCACUACAGAUUCUGGCACACCUGCAGUUGGCACUACAGAUUCUGGCACACCUGCAGGUGGCGCUACAGAUUCUGGUACAGUUGCAGGUGGCACUGCAGAUUCUGGUACAGACGAACCUACAGAAAAACCUGGAACGAACGCGUCUACAGAAGCACCUGGGACAAACGCGCCUACAGAGACACCUGGAAUGGAAACAAAACCACCUGUCAAGAAGUUCGCGGGUGACCUACCAAUCACUCAAAUUAAUGGAACCGAAGUUGAGUUCACCAGCGAAUAUGAGAACUCAGACUCCAAGCCUUACAAGGAUUUGAGCGUCGCAGUUUGCGAUGCAGUCACAACCGCACUGGAAAACUCGACUUUAGGAAGCAGUAUCGAGGGCUGCUCGGUCUCUGGCUUUAGGAGUGGAAGCAUCGUGGCCACAUUUCUCCUGGAAUUUCCAGCUGACACGAACGUCACCCCUGAGGAACUAGUAACGACCUUGAAGGAUGCUUUCGAAAACUCAACGGACCCAAGGAUUGCUUUCCUCACAGUUGAUACGUCAUCAAUCUCAGUUAAAGAAGUUAUACCGACCACAGAAGUUAUACCGAGCACAGUUACACCCACGGAAGGGCCGGGCGGUCUGUCCCCCGGGGCCAUCGCCGGCAUUGUCGUCGGUUGUGUCGCCGCUGUCGCCAUUAUCGUCGUGCUCAUCGUCUGCCUUGUCGUGAAGAACAAGGAACGAUCUUCCAAGGUCCAGGACGUGGAGGAACAGGAGCUGACUCGGCCAUCGUCUCGCGGCAAGAGCCUACCGCCUGACCGGGUCUCCAACGCAUCAGACAAGUAA